AUGUCUCAGGCGGUCAGAAAAAGAGGAGGUAAGAAGUCUGCAACACCUCCACCUAGUUCAAUUGUUGAUGAUGAUUUAAAUAAACUAAAAGCUUACAAUGAAGGUUCGGUAACCCCGAAGGAGCCGGAAAAAAAGUAUUAUAUAGCAUUGAUUAUAGUAACAUUAUGUGCAAUUUACACGAGAUUUUCCAAAAUUGAUACACCUGCCAAAGUUGUAUUUGACGAAGUCCAUUUUGGAAAGUUUGCUUCAUAUUACUUGGAAAGAACAUAUUUUUUUGAUUUGCACCCUCCUUUUGCAAAAUUAUUGAUUGCUUUUGUUGGUUAUCUUGUUGGUUAUGAUGGAAAAUUUAAAUUUGAGAAUAUUGGUGAUAAUUAUAUUGAACAUAAUGUUCCAUAUGUUGCAUACAGAUCUUUUCUGGCUAUCCAAGGUGCUGCCGUUGUACCUGUGAUGUUCUUAACAAUGAAGAAUUUGGGGUACUCUGUUCCUGCCUGUCUUUUUUCAAGUUUAUUGGUAUGUUUUGAUAAUGCUCAUGUUGCUGAAUCUAGAUUGAUCUUGUUAGAUGCUACCUUGAUUUUAAGUGUUGCAUUGACAAUUUUUGCCUACACCAAAUUCAUUACUUAUCGUAAAGCGCCAUUUACUAGAAAAUGGUGGACGUGGUUGUCAUUGACUGGGGUCUUUUUAUCUUGUGUUAUUUCAACUAAAUACGUCGGUGUUUUCACAUAUUUCACCAUUGGAAUUGGUGUUUUAUAUGAAUUGUGGUUUUUAAUGGAUUAUAAGAGAGGUUUAACAUUAACAGACUUGUCAAAACAUUUCUUUGCUAGAUUAUGGGCCUUGAUUAUUGUUCCAUUUACAAUCUAUUUAUUCUGGUUUUAUUUGCAUUUUGCAAUUUUAGUCAAGUCAGGACCAGGCGAUUCUUUUAUGUCUUCAGAGUUCCAAGAAUCAUUGCUUGAAUCCCCAAUGGCUAGACAUGCUAAAGAUGUUCACUAUAAUGAUAUUAUCACAAUUAAACAUAAGGAUACUGAUGCAUUCUUGCACUCUCAUCUUUUUGAUUACCCUUUGCGUUAUGAAGAUGGUAGAGUAUCUUCGAAUACUCAACAAGUUACUUGUGUUUUUGAUCCUGAAAAUAAGGAAUCUUCAGAUAUCAAUAACCACUGGGAAAUUUUACCUUCUUCUAACAAUGUUGAUGCUGAAGGGAAAGCGAUUUAUACAAAUGACAUCGUCAGACUCAGACAUGUUGGAACUGGGGGUUAUUUAUUAUCUCAUGAUGUAGCAUCACCUUUGAAACCAACUAACGAAGAGUUUACUAUCGCUUAUGAUGAUGAAGCUAAUGUUGUCCAUUAUAAUGAGACUUUAUUCAGAUUACGUCUUUCUGAAUCAGGUAAUGAUAAGAACAAAAGAAAGCUUGUCAGAACAAAGGCCAUUCCAUUGAAGGUUAUCCAUGUCGAUACAGUGGUCGCCAUGUGGACUCAUGAUGAUGAAGUAUUGCCUGAAUGGGGAUUUGGUCACCAGGAAGUUAGUGGAAAUAAAAAAGUCCAAGAUAGAAGUAACGUCUGGGUUUUCGAUGAAAUUGUGAAUUUAAGAGAAGAUGACAAAAGGGCAGAGUAUGUCCCUAAGGUUAUAAGGAAAAUUCCAUUUUUGAAGAAAUGGUGGGAAUUGCAGUUAUUAAUGUUUCACCAUAACAAUAUUUUAUCCUCCCAACACCCAUUCGCUUCUCAACCCGACUCUUGGCCAUUAGCACUUUCCGGUGUUUCUUUCUGGAAUGAUAAUGAUGAAAGAAAACAAAUCUUCUUCACUGGUAAUGUUAUCGGGUUCUGGUUAGAAGUCGGUUUCCUUGCUAUUUACGUCGGUUUAUUAUUAGCUGAUCAAGUAACUCGCCGUCGUCAUGUUUAUAUUUUGAACAACAAGGCAAGAUCAAGAUUAUAUAAUACAUUAGGAUUUUUGUUUGUUGGAUGGAGCGCCCAUUACCUCCCAUUUUUCCUAAUGAAUAGACAGAAGUUCUUGCAUCAUUAUUUACCAGCGCACUUGAUUGCAGCGCUAUUUUCUGGUGGACUUGUUGAAUUUCUUUGUUCAAAUAACAGUAACAAGAAGACUGAUAGUCCUAAGGGAGUUUUGAAAUAUAGAUUGGCCGCCUUUGUGAGUAUUUGUACUGUCGGUGUGGUUUGGUUCUUCUUCUAUUUCAGACCUGUAACUUAUGGUGAUAUCUCAUUAAGUGUCGAAGAAGUCAAAAAUAGACAAUGGUUAGAUAUCAAAUUACACUAUGCUAAAUAA